AUGAUGGAAGCGUCUAUUAUUAUUAUUGUUAGUUUUCUUAUAUAUACAUUUCUUUGUGUACCAGUAAAAGGAGAAAAAGGAGGCGCACAAACGCUGAGAGCGAUGAAUUUAUCUCUUCCAGAGGUUUUAGAUCAUUUUUCUUUUCUUAAAUGCUUCUUAUUGGUGUUUGUUGCCUUAAGCUGCGCUUCGAUGAGUAGGUACUAUUAUUAUUGGUGCUACUCUCUUCACCUUUCAAGGCGCUUUCCUCUUCUUCUGUGUGUGUGUGUUUGGGGGGGAAGGGGAGAGAGAGGCGUGCAACGCUCUCAUGGCAGCGCAUCAACGCCUUCUUGUCGCUCUUGUGCUUUCCGGAUUUUUUUUUCUCCUUUUUCAUCCCUACAAUAUUUCUCUGGGUUAGUUGUUGUUGCCGUGUCUUUCAUUUGCCCCCGCUUCUUUCGUUGGAGUCGGAACGCUUGUCCGUCCAAGACCGCCGCCGCCUCUUCUUCUUUUUGUCGAUCCUGCCGUUGCCCGAUCUUCUCCCACUGCGGUGUCCAUGCGGGUGUCUCUGCUACACGUCUUUGGGGCAAAGCAUAUAGAAGCAAACGUGAGACGAGGCAGCACACCUUCUGUGGGGGUGGUGGACACGGCGGCACACCGCAUGCGGUGGAGGGGAGAGAGGGGGGGACGUCAAGCAGCUGGAAGGGAGAAUGGCAACAUGAAAUGCAAGCUGAGAAGCGCUCCGAGCCAGCAAAGCAACACUGA